AUGAAAACUCGCGAUCAUCGGCUGUCUAACUUAAGUCAGAGGGGAAACAGGAGUCCGAAGUUAGAUAAAAAGGGAACGAAGCACGAAGGGAGGCGAACAAGAAACAGCCAAGUGCCGGGAUCACCACCCGGAGCACGAAGAGAGCGUUCUAAGCGCUCAGGUGUAGAAGCGGUAAAACUACACUUACAGGAGACCGGUGGAACUGGAAGGACCUCAAGAUCAGCCACAUCGCAUAAAGCUUUGCGGAAGAGUCAACGUGUGUCUGGCUAUCCAGUAUUCUUAGUACAUAGUUCGCUGCGCUUUAAAAGGAAAUCGGCUCGAGUCGUUCCUCAAACGAAUGUUACAAAUUCUCUUGUUAACUUAACGGUGCGCAAAACGAGUAUCCGAAUGGCGGCCAUUAAAGAAUACCCUUUCGAUCUCAGCGAUUUGCAGAACAAACAAAACUGUGGAGAUGAAACUAGUCAAACACCGGACCGCAGUAACCAGAAUCAAUCGAAGCUAAACUCCGACUCCGUGCCCGCACAGGGGACACCAGAAGAAGGGAAAAGAAAAGUGUCCAUUAUGGCGAAUGAAAAUAGCAAGGACCGGGAGAACCAGCCUUCAGAAAGGAAUGCCAGAGUGUCAGCACAAGCAGAAGGGCCAUCGCGCCGAAAGAGCAAUCUUCACAAUGCCAUGGCGGCUGAAAUGGACUCAUCAUGGGACCGUCCGGCACACAUCGAAGGCAGAUAUAAAAAAUACUCGACAACUUCUUCCAUUUAUUCCAAGAAAGCCCAGUCUCAUCAAAGCGAACAUAUUGAAAGAUCCUGGUGGUACGCCUGUUGUCAGAAGUGUCAUCAAGAAGAAUCCGGAGUUCCUUCCUGGGAACCCCCAUAUUGGCAAAAAAUUUGUCCCUAUCCAUUAUGUCCAUCGUACAGACAUGUUGCUCAAACCCUGUCUGUAUUCUUAAUCGGUGUCUUGGUAUGGGUAAUAAUAUGGAUAGUGAUGGGCAAUACAGCAGCCCCUGGAGGACAAUUAUUUACAUUGGCUGUUCUUACAAUUGCCGCUUACUUUGGCGGCUGGAUUAUGGUCAAAGUCACAACGCUGCCAGCUCUUAUAGGCAUGUUGAUAGUAGGAAUUGUAAUGAAGAAUAUAGGAUUUGUAAACUUUGAUGAAAACUAUCUCCACGUCUGCUCGUAUAUCAGAGCCGGUUUAGAUCUGGAUCCGGUAGCGCUGAAAAAAUAUUUCUUAACUGUUAUCAAGCUGGCUUUAAUACCCUGGACUUUUGAGUGCGUGCUAUGUGCUGUUAUGGCUAACUUACUACUUGGCUUACCAUGGGACUGGGCUUUCUUGUUGGGAUCUAUAAUAGCGGCCGUGUCCCCUGCCGUUAUCGUGCCGUGUCUGUUUAGACUGCGUGGAAAAGGAUACGGUGUGUCGAAAGGCAUACCUACUCUGGUGCUGGCAGUGUCUGGUGUCGACGAUGCCGCCAGUGUCGCCGUUUUCGGGAUUGUUUCAUCAAUCAUGUUCGCAAACUCUUCUGUCACAAUGAACAUCAUACAGGGGCCAAUGAGUGUUAUUGGUGGCAUAGCAUUUGGUGUGUUCUGUGGAUAUCUGGUUAAAUACAUUCCGGAGAGAAAUGACGCAUUCUUAGUCCCCUUGCGGGUUCUUCUGCUACUUGCUGGAGGUCUUAUGUCCGUUUUGGGAUCAGAAGAAAUUGGCUGGGGUGGAGCUGGUCCAUUAGCCGUCAUUGCGUUCGGCUUUAUUGCCUGUAAAAAUUGGGCUGAACAAGGCUGGGAGUUGGAAGACAACCCUGUUGCAACUGCGUUUGAAAUUUUCUGGAUGUUCUUUGAACCUAUGCUGUUCUCUGUCACCGGAGCCCAAGUUGUAAUUGCUGAAUUGGAUUCACAUUUAGUGCUAGUCGGUGGAGGUAUCUUGAUCACUUGCGUAGUUCUUCGAGCAAUGUUGACAAGUGCUUCUGCCGUACGCAGUAAUUUAAACAUGAAGGAAAAGGUAUUCGUUGGACUCGCGUGGAUGGCCAAAGCAACUGUUCAAGCUGCACUUGGGCCGGUGGCACUAGAUGAAGUGCGCAAGAUGUCGGGCGACGAUGAGUCUAAAGCAGAACUUAUAAAGUACGCAGAAAUCGUCGUCACCGUGUGUAUCAUGUCCAUCGUAGUGACAGCGCCACUCGGCGCCAUGGUCAUUACUGUAACUGGUCCCCGGCUGCUAUCUAAAACCACCAAGCCUCCUGUUUUGGAAGGUUGGCGGAGAUCGCACCGGCCGUCUAUCCGAGACAUAUCCAUCAUCGACGAGGAAGAGGUUGCUGAACGCGAAUGCGAAGCUGACUCCUCACCGGAAGUCAGUCCCGCGGCGCCGAAUGCCUACAAUACAUCAACGCCAGCACCAGUCCCAGUUACAGUACAACCGAACCAUCGUACA